GGAUUCCGUGGCGAGACGAUCGUCGAAAAAGUCGCGCGCGCUACUAAAAUAAAUUCAAGCAAUAUAUUAUUGGAAGAACAAAAAAUAACACACAUCAGUAUAAUCCACUAAAAAGUUAAGAUAUAUAAAUAUACAGACGAGGAAAGCGAAUACAAAGUAAACACAUUUUAUUGCUGGAUAUUUUGAGUGUGCACAAGAGUGACAAGAGUGCUAACACAAAUAAUACACAAUCAAGUGCUGGCAAAUAGAGCUGCAACUAGGCCAAAGUUGAUUUGAAACAAAAUAUUACUCAUACGCCACCGCCACCGGCACCGCAUUCAUUCACACACCUCAGUUAUCAGUUCUUGAAUGAGCCCAAUGAGUGGACUGCGCCAACAGCUGAAGAUGCUGGGCACAGCAUUGCUGGGCAAACGGGCCACCAAGUCUGUCAAAAAGAAACCAUUUACGGAGGUGGAAAUCAAAGAUCUACGCACAGCAUUCGAUCUACUAGACAGAAAUCGCGACGGUCGCGUCACCGCCAACGAGCUGCAGUUUAUGCUGAAGAAUCUGGGCAUAAACGUGAGUGACGAACUCAUACACGAUCUCAUACGUGAGGCGAGCCACUCAGGCAAUGGCUUAAUCAACGAGGCCGAGUUCCUGCAAUGGGUGGGCAGGAUCCAGGCGCUGCGGGACGAGCAGCAUUCACAUGAGGACAGCAAGGACAGCAAGCCGGUGGACGAGGCCGAUGAUGUCACCGAGGACUUGAUAGCCGCAUUUAGAGUAUUCGAUCGGGAUGGCAAUGGGUUCAUAACGCGCGACGAGCUGCAGACCGCCAUGGAGAUGAUUGGGGAGCCCUUGAACGAGCAGCAGCUGGAGCAGCUGCUGGUCAUCGCGGACUUGGACCAGGACGGGCGCAUCAACUACGAGGAAUUCACGAGACUUUUGCUCUAAGCAGAUUUACGCCCAUCAAGGAGGCAUGGUCAACCCCCAAAACCCUGGAAAUUUCGAGCGGAAUGCAGCCCAAGUUGCCCCUUCAGCAUAAUUGUUAAGCUAUUAAGAAUAUACUCAGACAUGCAGAAAAUAAUAAUGCAACAAAAUGUGCAGAGCGUAAUUGUUUGAAAUUUUAUACAACAAUAAAACUUAUUUAUACAAGGGUAUGAAAAAAGUGCAAGGCAGGCCACACACACACAUACACCCAUAAUGUUUUAGUUUCAUCACAACCACACACACACAACAUAUUCAUAUGUAAAUUAGUUUCAAAGUUUUGUCGAUUGUAAAAAAGUGAAUUAUUCAUUUUUCGUAUGAUGCAAGUGAAUUCUUCAUGUGGAAAAUGAAAAUGAAAAAUGUUUAGACUCAUUUUUGUAGACGUUUUGCGACAGAAAUGAUUUAAAUCACUCAGAGACACAGACACACAAAACAUUAACAUUUAACAUAUAAAAUGCAUAUUCGGAUAAGUCUGAGCGCGUGAGUGAUAUUGUGUUUAGGGUGCUGCGAGAAUGAAGAGCAGACUUGUGGAGAAAUUACCAAUAAACAUUAAAAUAAAAAUAAAAAUAUAUCCAGAUUUGAAGAAUGUCAGCAGGUGGAUUCAUAUAUUUGUAUUUUAUUGUAGUUAUGCUGCUUUCGAUGUAUGCGCGUUUCAAAUACCCCAAAACAAACAAAAAAUUGUUUCAAAUUUGUUAGAAUAAGCAAAUAAAUGUUAACAAUUUAUAUAAGAAA